AUGGGAUCGACCAUUCAGUCAAUCAUUUCAACAUAUUCGCCCAUUCUUCAUCGUUUGCCUCUUUUUGUGAUUCUCGCCCUCACUCCAUUUCUUUUCAAUGUUGCUGACGGUGCCGUUAAAUGUUUUUGCGAUCGCUCGUCAUGUUCUAAUGAGCUUAUUUGCUCUGGAGACUAUUGUGUGAUCGGAUUGAAAAAAGAGGUUUUAGGCGAAGAGCACAAGUUGAUCCAAAUGUGUGCAGAUGGAUCGUCGGGAAAAGAGAAUCGAUGUGAUCGACUCGUUGAUAAUUGGCAAGAGCUUUGUCAUUGCUCCGAAGAUUUCUGCAACACAUUCGCUCAUCUCCGAUCUCAACUCGAUGAGAUUCCCAAUUCAAGAGAUCAAGCUGUUUUCUCAUACUCGGAUCCGAUGCACCCCGUUCAUUCAGUUCAAGCGCAGACACAGGGUGAGGAGGUUGCCCGAAACCAGCGUUCAUCGUUGAUCGUUCUUUUGGUGAUCAUCCCAUUAUCCGUUGGUGGAAUGGCUGUUUGUCUCAUCUUUCUCAAUUAUCACUGCAAAAUGUGC